ACUCCCAUAAAACCAGAAACCCUAAUCCCUCUUUUCUGGCCUCCACACUUCACCUUCCCCCAAAACCCUACUCAGACAGAGAGAGAGGAACAAUCAAAAUCCGCCAUGACAACCCGAUUGAAGAAGAACAGGAAGAAGAGAGGCCAUGUCUCCGCCGGCCACGGUCGUAUUGGAAAACACCGCAAACAUCCCGGAGGUCGCGGUAACGCCGGAGGUAUGCACCACCACCGUAUCCUCUUCGACAAAUACCAUCCUGGGUAUUUCGGUAAAGUUGGUAUGCGUUACUUUCACAAGCUUCGCAACAGGUUUCAUUGCCCCAUUGUUAACCUCGACAAGCUCUGGUCUAUGGUUCCUGAAGAUGUGAAGGAGAAGGCCUCUAAAGAAGGGAAAGCGCCUGUGAUUGAUGUCACUCAAUUUGGGUAUUUUAAGGUUCUGGGUAAGGGUGUUUUGCCUGCUAAUCAAGCUGUUGUUGUUAAAUCUAAGUUGAUUUCUAAGAUUGCUGAGAAGAAGAUUAAGGAGAAUGGUGGUGCUGUUCUUCUUACUGCUUAGGAGAAGGUAGGGUUUCUGAUUGCUAUAUCUAGGAAGUUGUUUUUUGUUUUUGUUUUUUUGGGAAACAUUUUGAGUUUUGAGAUAAUUAUUAUUAAUCUUGUUUUCGGAUUUUGUUAUGAUCAGAUUUUCGGUCUUGUUAAAUGGUUGUUAUUAUCGUAUUACUGCUGUUGUUUC